UUCCACAUUCACUUCUCUGUGUGUCACCACUGUGCAUUCAGUUUGCAUCUUGGAUCUAAAUACUAUAUUUCCAGCCUCCAUGGAUAUUGACCCUCAAACUCACUUACUCCACUCGCGAAACUUCACAUAUUUUUCCUUCUUCUCCGAGUUGCAUUACUGGAAUCAUGCUACCACUAUUGUUGAGACCUUGGCUAUCUCCACCGUCUUCCUGGUGUCCGUGGUGACAAAUGCUGGAGCUGUAGCCCUGGUAACCUGGGAGCGCAGACUGCUGGCCAACAAGACCAUCCUGACCCUCAACUUGUUUGUGGCCGACCUGCUGUUUGUCAGCAUGGUUCCACUGAUAGUGGCAGUGCGCUGGACCGGGUCCUGGACACUGGGGUUCGCAGCCUGUCACUCUGUGCUGUAUGUCAUCUGUAUGAGUGGCUGUGCCACCAUCACCACCCUGGCCUCCAUCAGUGUGGAGAGGCUCCAGGCCAUCCUCCGUCUGCAGACGACCCCCACUCUAAACCCCAAAAUGGUGGCCGUCACCCUCAUCUUCAUCUGGGCCUUUUCUGCACUCACUGCUUUACCCACCAGUUUGUUCUUCACUGUGAUAGAAGUGGAUUUCACAGAGCAGGAAGAUGUACAUAUCUGUACUCUGAAGUGGCCUGACCCAACUGGAGAGAUAGUAUGGAAUGUGUCCUUUACUGCCCUGUGCUUCCUUCUCCCAGGACUCAUUAUAGUCGUCAGUUACAGCAAAAUAUUACAGAUUGCUAAAAAAUCAAAGCGAAGGCUCCAACGUCAAGACAGUCAGCCGCCACUCGGUGGGUCUGAGUACCACGUCUCCCGCCAGGACAUGAAGCUCUUCCGUACUCUUCUGUUCCUUGUGCUCUCUUUCUUGCUCAUGUGGUGUCCAAUUUUCAUCAUCACCUUCCUCAUCAUGGCCAGAAACCUCUCCAGCAGUCACCUUCACGUCUCCUCUACGAUGUUCUUCUGGGUGACAACGUUCACACUGACCAACUCGGCUCUCAAUCCCAUCCUCUACUCGCUCUGUCAGUUCAGGAACAGUGGCCGUAAGUUCUGCUGUGGUUCUGCUGUGGCGCCACUGCGAGGAGACACUUGCAGCAGUGGUCAAAGGCAAACGACGCAACAGUGAUUAUCGUGGUUGUGUCAGUUAAACAUGUUGACAAAGUGCACAACACAAUGUACACACAAUGUAAGAUGGACCACUUCUAUGCUUUCUUCAACCUUGGUUCAGUGCUGUAAAGCAGAAAGACCUUUCCAAACCGUUUUAAUGUUGGUUUAGUUACAUUAUAUUAAUGUUAUAUGUAGAAUAAGUUGUGAUAUAAGAGUGGAGGUUUUUAUUAUCUGACUCCUUAGUCAGCUCAUUAUAACAUACUCUGAACAAUUGACUAAUAUGAUUAAGACUUUAAGUGUCAAACAUGGAGAAGCGAAUAACAAACGCACAUUACUCGGUCGCAUCAUUGCCUUUUUUGACAUUUGGAAGAAGGCAGAGUUUGUGUUGCAUACCAAAUGGAAGUUUGCAUGCCAGCAGAAGUAAUUAAACUCUGCGCGGCAGUAAACGAUCUCACAUAAUCCUGUCAGUGGUUUAGUCCUUCUGGCGGAGUCGCUGGAGACGAUAUCAGACAUCAAACCACAUUGCUGGCUGGAAACGCUCGUUCUGAACUGACCGGCUGGGAUGCUGUAAUUUCAACUUGACAGUGCAUCAUCAUUUAACUGACGCUGAACAAGUGUAUUAAUCUAUAGACUCUGAAAUAUUUAUGAAUGAUCUCCUCUCAUACACUCAUACAAAGCUUCCUAGGUUCUAUAAGACACCAGACAAGACUGUACUACUGCAAUUUUGGCCACAUUUUACAGUAGUUUUGUUACUUUGCCAAAACAGUACGGCACAAAGUGUAUUUCAGGAAGAGACAGUGAUCUCAGUAUGUUAUCAUCCAGAAUCAGGAUGAAUCACCCUUUUUCUCCCUGCUCUUCUGCAGUGCAGAUCAUACUGCAGUCACAGUAACUCAGCUAUCUUUACCUGUGAUGGGAUUGGCGCCACUAAAAUGACAAGUGGCUGGAUUUGCAAGUUAAGAAAGCUGAGGCUUUAUGACUUUUGCGUCACAG